AUGCUGGUUGAAAUAAAAGUCGACAACGGCUCAUGGCAAAAAUACGUUCCAGACCCAAGCCCAAGCCAAUCUACAUCCCUGGAUGACAUCCCUCAUACUUUGACGAGUAGGCCUACCCAAGACCAAGAUGAAGAUGUUUUUGAGCCAACAUCAGAAAGUUUCCAAGAUAAAUCUACCAGCGAGAUCGAGACUGAUGCAAUUACUCUACCACUACUAGAAGUCACAGACUCUGAACUAGAAACACAAAGAUCAAACCAAGAACUGGAAGAACAGGAACCUGACAAUUUUGGAACAAGUGAUGUAGAUGAACCAGACUCGGAUAUUUCAUCUAAUGAAGAUCACAGUGAUCCAGCUUCAUAUGCUAACCUCAAGCUUCCUCCUGAAGACAUAAAUGUGGCUCUAAAUCAAGACUUAUCAUCAAUAGAAUUUCCUUCAACGGGUGGAAGAAAAUUUAAUCCUCUGUGGAAAAAUUGUAUAUUGCCCAAUAACAGUGUGAAACCUAGGAAGUGGCUAGUGUACAGUAAAAAAAGGACGCUGUAUUUUGUUUGCCUUGCACACUAUUUGCACUUCCAACUGAACGGUCUGUAUGGGGAACAACCGGCUACAGAGGGUGGACAGAGCAUAGAGGAGAAAGAGAUUUUUUACUCCACGAGACUUCCAAAAAUCAUAUAUCUGCAGAGGUUGCCAGAAUUCAAUGGAUCUCACAAAAGAGAAUAG